AAAAGCUUUGAACACCCACCGUCGUCCCAUAAGAUAAAAUGAAAUCACGGACAUUUCAACCGAUUUUGGCUUUUUAGUAACCACCAUCUUCGUUUCUUCUACUUCACCGUCUCCCCCUCUCAUACCAGUCCCCGAAUUCCUGAGAAAAGCUAACUCUCUGUGUGUUUGGAUCAUGGAGGGGGUGUCCUGGCCUUCGCAAGAAGAGUUGGAUCGAGUAAGAAAGGUGGUUGCGGAAAUGGCAGGGAGAAAUUCUAAGGAGGUUAGAGUGGUGGUCUCUCCAUAUAGGAUUUGUCCAUUGGGAGCUCAUAUUGAUCAUCAGGGUGGAGUUGUUUCAGCUGUGACAGUUAAUAAAGGUAUACUACUUGGAUUUAUUCCGUCUGGUGACUCUCAGGUUUUACUGCAGUCAGGACAGUUUAAAGGAGAAGUUAGGUUCAGAGUUGAUGAAAUUCAGCACCCAAGGCAUAGUGCUUUGAAAAAUGACAAGAUCAUUACAAAUGGUUCAUCCAAAUCAAAGGAAGAAUGUGAUUGGGGAAGGUAUGCCAGAGGAGCCCUGUAUGCUCUACAAAGUAGAGAGAAUCAUCUCUCCCAGGGUAUUAUAGGGUUCAUCAAUGGCUCCGAGGGACUUGACAGUUCAGGCCUUAGCUCUUCUGCUGCUACUGGAAUUGCUUACCUGUUGGCUUUGGAAAAUGCAAACAACUUAACGGUAUCUCCUAUGGAAAAUAUCGAAUAUGAUCGGCUGAUUGAAAAUGGAUAUUUGGGUCUAAGAAAUGGGAUAUUGGAUCAAUCAGCUAUAUUGCUUUCAAGCUAUGGUUGUCUAACUUUUAUGAACUGCAAGACCAAAGAACACAAACUUGUACGUCCAAAGUUGCUAAAGAACCAAGAAGCUGACAUGUUGAAAUCAUUCAAGAUACUCUUGGCACUUUCUGGUUUGAAGCAUGCUUUGACAAAUAAUCCUGGAUACAACAACCGAGUUGCUGAAUGUGAAGAGGCUGCGAGAGUUCUUUUGCAUGCUUCUGGGAAUGAUAAACUGGAGCCUCUUUUGUCCAAUGUUGAACCAGAGGCAUAUGAAGCUCAUAAGGGGAAGUUAGAAGCCACAUUAGCUAGAAGAGCAGAGCAUUAUUUUUCAGAAAAUAUGCGGGUUAUCAAAGGAUUAGAAGCAUGGGCUUCUGGAAAUUUGGAAGAUUUUGGAAAGCUUAUCACAAGCUCUGGUCUAAGUUCUAUUAAGAACUAUGAAUGUGGUGCUGAACCGUUGAUACAACUGUAUGAGAUACUCGUGAGGGCACCUGGAGUAUAUGGAGCACGGUUCAGUGGGGCUGGGUUCAGAGGGUGCUGUAUCGCCUUUGUAGAUGCUAGUCGUGCAGUUGAAGCGGCAUCGUUUGUGAGGGACGAGUAUUAUAAGCUGCAGCCUGCGUUGGCCAGCCAGAUAAACCCUGACAACGCUGUAUUGAUAUGUGAAGCAGGCCACUCUGCCCGUGUCCUUUAACUUCGUCCAUCAACUCCUCUCUCAUUGGGUCUUUCAUGAAAUUGCACUACAUAUCUCAUUCAUUCAAUUCAUUCUAUUGAAUAUAUUCAGACCCUGUGACUGUGAGUUUAGCUUAUUACAAAUUCUGGGCAAGGAUAUUGAUUGAAGGUAGAACCUCAAAUGGUGUAUCGCUCACAAAAAUAAUUAUGAUCACUUGAAAAUUUCCUUUCAA